UGUUAUUUGAAGAAAAUGUUUGAGACAUUUAUUUUCAUCUGUUUGUGCUCAUGGAGUCUGGCUGGUGUGUUUGGUGUUGAUGAAGUGAAGUCCGUGUCGGUGAUGGAGGGAGAUUCUGUCACUCUAAACACUGAUGAUACUGAUAUACAGAGAAAUGAUCAGAUACUGUGGAGAUUUGGACACAACAACAUUCUCAUCGCUCAAAUCAACAGAAAGAACAAUAAGAGCAAGUGUCAUUAUAAUAAUGCUGCUGGGAGAUUCAGAGACAGACUGCAGCUGGAUCAUCAGACUGGAUCUCUGAGCAUCACAAACACCACAACCACAGACUCUGGACUUUAUAAAGUAACCAGCAGCAGAACAGAGACGCCGCUCAGCACAUUCAAUCUUACUGUCUAUGCUCAUUUGCCUGUUCCUGUCGUCAGCAGAGAUUGUGCUUCAUCAUCAUCAUCAUCACAGCAGAAUUGUUCACUGGUGUGUUCAGUGGUGAAUGUGGGUCAUGUGACUCUCUCCUGGUACAAAGGAAACAGUUUAUUGUCCAGCAUCAGUGUGUCUGAUCUCAGCAUCAGUCUCUCUCUACCUCUGGAGGUGGAAUAUCAGGAUAAAAACAGCUACAGCUGUGUGCUCAACAAUCCCAUCAGCAACCAAACUCAACAUCUGGACAUCACUCAACUCUGUCACACAUGUGAAGACAACAUCCACUGUUGUAGUUUCACUGAAGCUGUGAUCCGAUUGGUUCUCUCUGCUUUGUUGGGCGUGGCUACAGUUGCUGUGCUGGUUUAUGACAUCAGAUCAACACGAAGUGAACUGAUCAGAACAGAAGAGACUAAACAUUACCAUCAGACUCUUGUCAAAUCAGACCAACAUUAUGAAUUGAGCAGAAGGAUGAGUUCCAUAUAUGUCCAGAUAUAAAGCAAAACAUCAACUGAUGCUGUGCACCUUUCCUGUUCCUUGCACAGCUAUUAUAAGCUCUCGGUAUCCUUGAAAUGAAUA